AUGGCUAACAAGGCGACAGGGAGGAGACCUCUAGUGCAGGCAUGCCUCGACCGGCGGAACUGGCUAUUUCUGCCAGUAGUAGGCGUGCUAGUCCUGGGACUGCUCUCUAUGUCAGGCUUCUGGGACUGUGUCAAAUCAGAUGAGGGCAAAUGCGAGGUGCACGCGGUGCCAGCGGCCAUUGAUUUGCCGAGGUGGUUCAACGCCAGCUGUCCCCUGGUGUACCAAAGGAUACACUACGAUGAGAUGGCGCGGGGCGAGGCGCGGCCGUACCUGAUGGGGGAGCGGCAGCGGCCGGGAUGCGUCAACUGCGACAAAGACGAGCUGUGGUCGCACUUCUGCCAGUUCCGCAGCCACGGCCCCCGCUGCCCACCCCACGACCAGCAGCUGCUCUUCGACACGCUCCUAGACAGGGCGAAGGUGGGCGCCCCAGGGUCACGGGAGCUCUUGGAGUUGACGCCGUGCGAUUUAUUCCCCUACAUCCGGGGGCGAACCCUGUGGCUCGUCGGCGACUCCAUGAUGCAGGAGUUCAUGCGGGCGCUGCAGUGCUUCAUGUACGAGUUCUGGGACCUGGAGACCAAGCCGCUGGAUACACUCAUAGCCGACAAGGGCGCGACCGAGGGCCUCAUAGGCGGCUGGUGCGUGCUGCUGCCAGAGCAGAGCCGCAUCUGCCAUGUGCGAAGUAACAUGGGGGACUGGUUGGUGACCAACCUGCUGCCGCGCUUUGCACGGCUUGGCGCUCUGCCAAGCGACAUAAUGAUCCUGAAUUUCGCGGUCUGGAUCAACAAGGCCGAGGAGCUGGCCGCCAAUGUGAUGAUGUGGGCCGAGUACUACCAGCGCUUCAGGGACUCGCUACCCUUCACCAUCUGGCGGGAUGCCUCCAUACAGCACUUUGACACGCCCACGGGGGACUACAAGUGUGAUGGCUGCGUGGAUGCCAAGCCCAGGGCGGAUGACACUGGCUUCAACUGCAAGGCCAUGGAUUUGGUGACGCUUAAUCCUGCCAACGAGCUGGAGACCACCGACCCGGCCAUGCAGGUGAUUUUGGAGGGUGGCUGGCGCAACAGGGUGACGUUACCUGUGAUGGAGAAACUGGGCAUUCCCAUCGUGCACACGUGGAACCUCAGUGUGCCCCUCUGGCAGUACCACCACAGCUUCCAGGAGAAGGAUGACUGUACGCACUGGUGCCAUCCGAGCGGUUACCAGGUCUGGAUUGCGCAAAUGCACCAGACGCUGCGCAAGCACCGCUCGGCCAUUCCGCCUCCUGGCAACUGGCCGCCGCAGCCCGGCGGCUCAUGA